CAAAAAACAAACAAAAAUCAAAUUCAAGAUAAGACAACAUCAAUUAUAAUUACCCAGAAAUCGUCUUCUUUCUUUUGCACUUCCUUCUUCUCUUUCUCCAAAUACCAUCUAAUUACAGAGAAGAAGGAAGAUCACCCCCAAUUAUAAUGGAUAAUUCAUCAAUAGUUCCCCAAAUCAAUGAAACUCAAACCCUAAUUCCCAAUUUACCAAACGAUGUAUCAGCUUUAAUCUUAUCGUAUAUACCUUUUCCAUUUCAUGAUCGUUUAAAGUCAACUUGUAAAUCAUGGCGUAAGUUUUACUCCUCAAAAAUACCACUUUCUAUUCGUCUAUCAAGUCUUCCUUUUUCUUCACUUUCUAAUCUUCUUUGUAUUUUCCCACAAGACCCGAGUUUGAGUUCUCCUUUUUUGUUUGACCCGACCCAUUUAGCUUGGGUUGCACUUCCUCAUAUGCCCAUUAACCCACAUGUUUACUCUUUAUCCAAUUUUGCUUCUCUUGCAAUUGGGUCUAGUCUAUAUGUUUUGGGCGGGUCACUUUUUGAUACCCGGUCUUUUCCUAUGGACCGACCCACUGCUUCCUCUGCUGUUUUCCGUUAUGAUUUGGGUUCUAGAAAGUGGGCCCAAUUAUCCCCCAUGAUUACCCCACGUGGGUCCCUUGCGGUUGCUGCGGUUGGGUCGGGUCGGAUAGUGGUGGCGGGUGGCGGGUCAAGGCACACUAUGUUUAGUGCAGCAGGGAGUCGGGUCGGGUCAGUUGAGUGCUAUGAUAUUGAGAGGGAUGAGUGGGCUCCACUUGUUGAUUUGCCCGGGUUUCGGGCCGGUUGUGCUGGGUUUUGGGUGGGGCAAAGGAGGGAGUUUUGGGUUAUGGGUGGUUAUGGUGAAUCAAGGACUAUUAAUGGGGUGUUGCCUGUUGAUGAGUAUUAUAAGGAUGCAGUUGUCUUGGAACUGAACAAUGGUGGAGAAGAAGGGAAUUGGAGAGAGAUUGGUGAUAUGUGGGAUGAUGAAGAAAGAACAAGACUUGGAAAAAUUGUGGUGAUUGAAAAUGAUCAUGAUGAUGAGGUUGAAAAGAGUGUGUUUAUGCUUGAUGGAGAUGACAUUUUAAGGUAUAAUAUGGUGUCAAACCGCUGGUUCAAGGAAUCAACUGUUCCGAGAAAAACUCAGGACGGUUCACCAUUUGGUUUUGUCGCCCUUGAAGGGGAGCUUCAUGUGAUCUCCCUUCUUCAGGGAGUUGAACUGUCGACCGUCCGAAGAUCAAGACAUCGUAGACGAGGCACUGCACUUUUCAUGCAAAUUUACGACCCCAAAAAGAUGUCCUGGAGAUCUCUUGUGACCAGGACGCCUUUCCAAUGCCCGCUCGAUUUCAGAACUGCAGUUAUGUGCACAGUUCGUGUGUAAUCAUCUGCAUUGAUCUUUGCGUCAUUGCAGUAUACAAGUAAAUAUAUUGCUACAUUUGUAGGUCAUUGAUUGAACUUUGUGUAUUGACAAUAGAAAAGAAUGAAUGGUGGAGUGGAAUAUGUGUAUAUAAUUAUUGGAAUUAGUUUUAACCUCGUUUUUUCUUUCCAUUUGUAAAAAAAUACUUAUGGAUUCUCUUCUAUCACGAUAUUUAAGUUUAUUUAAAUUGCUUUUUGAGCUUGG